AACCAACCCACAAGACCAAUCGCCUCCGGUUUGCCAAAAUCCAUCAAUAUUGGGAGGAUGAGGACGUAGCCUGUAUAUCCUUUUGCAACAAAGCAACAUUUGAGAUUGGAUUGGAUACCACACCUUUCUAUAUACGAAGAAAGCCAGGCCAUGCAUACGAGAGCCGAUAUCUGAAGCCAACAUUCAAAUCUGGGAGGGAGAGUAUUGGUGUUUUCGGAAUGAUAUCUCUAGAUUUUAAAGGAACCCUUUGUUAUCCUUCUAAAGGGCUAAAAGAUGAACUCUAAAGAGUAUAUCAAGAUUAUUAAUAAACACGCAUAUCCUUUCUAUGAGAGAUUGACAGAGGCAAAAGGAACUGCAAUGUUUUAACAGGAUGGCGCGAGGUAUCACACAUCAAAAGCGACUUCAAAAAUGAUAUAAGAGCUAGGGAUUUUGCUGAUGGAUUGGCCCGCACAAAGCCCAGAUUUAAAUCCAAUUGAGAAUCUUUGGCGUAUUAUAAAAAUCCGCAUCAGUAAGCGCCGCCACUGGAUUCAUACUAGAGAGGAGAUGGUCCAGAUUCUACAAGAAGAAUAGGAUAAAAUGUAACCGAG